UGAGUGUGAAGCGGCGGUCCUGGUCCUGGCAGCAGUACCUGAAUGAACAGAAAGCUGAAGCUGCUCCUUUGUCACUGUUUACGCAGUCCCAGUCCUUUCCCAGUAGGAGAGCUGGUUUUAAAGUUGGGAUGAAGCUGGAGGGCAUCGACCCGCUGCACCCCUCCAUGUUCUGUGUGCUGACGGUCGCCGAGGUGAUUGGUUGUCGGCUCCGUCUCCAUAUCGACGGAUACUCGGAGUGCUAUGACUUCUGGGUAAACGCUGACUCAGCAGACAUCAGGCCGACAGGCUGGUGCAAAGAAAACAACCACAAGCUCCACCCACCCAAAGGACACAGUGAGACAGACUUUGACUGGGAUGUCUACCUUCAUUCCACAGGCUCUCACGCUGCCCCGCCCACCCUGUUCACCUGUCGCACUGCAAGCUGUGGAUUCAGUGUGGGGAUGAAGUUGGAGGCGGUCGACAGGAAGAACCCUGGACUCGUCUGCGUUGCCUCCAUUGCUGAUGUCAUCGAUGACCACUUCCUGGUUCACUUUGACAACUGGGACGACACAUACGACUACUGGUGAGAC